GCCAGCAAAUUAAGGCUCCGGGCAGCGGGCGCCCAGGCGCAGUGUUGGUCGCGCCUUGCUGCUCUCUGCACAGCAGCCAUCCGCCUCCCAGGUUUCCGCGCCCUCGGGAGUCCGCGGCGGGUCGUCACCUCCCGGGGACCUUGGCCACUCCGCGGUCCCCAGCAGGGGAGGGAGGGCGAACUUGGCGUGGGUACCGGAGACCCCCCAGUUUUGCGCAGUUGAUGCGUGGCGUGCCCCCCUAGCUUGCACACCAUUUUGAGUGCGUGGAUGGUCCCCACCCUGAAAUCUUUGCGGCUUCCCGGCUUUCCUCUCCUCCCGGAGAGGCCAUCCUAGAGCCCCAGAGACGUGGGGACGGACUGCUCAGGACUCCCCAGUUCCUCUCUGACAGCUCUCGGGAACUUUGGGGUUGCCUUUCGAGUCUUUGUUUCCCUCGGAGGAAGCUGGACUGCGUUUUGGCAGGCCCGGUCCCUGAGCAGGACCGUGCGCUGGGGACCAUGGAGUUCACGGCGUCGCCCAAGCCCCAGCUAUCCUCUCGAGCCAAUGCUUUCUCCAUUGCCGCGCUCAUGUCCAGCGGCGGCCCCAAGGAGAAGGAGGCAGCAGAGAACACCAUCAAACCCCUUGAACAAUUUGUGGAGAAGUCGUCCUGUGCCCAGCCCCUGGGGGAGCUGACCAGCCUAGAUGCCCACGCGGAGUUCGGCGGCGGGGGCAGCAGCCCUUCCUCGUCCUCUCUGUGCACAGAACCACUGAUCCCCACCACUCCCAUCAUCCCCAGCGAGGAGAUGGCUAAAAUCGCCUGCAGCCUGGAAACGAAGGAGCUCUGGGACAAAUUCCACGAACUGGGCACGGAGAUGAUCAUUACCAAGUCGGGAAGGAGGAUGUUCCCGACCAUCCGGGUAUCAUUUUCUGGAGUGGAUCCUGAGGCCAAGUACAUAGUCCUGAUGGACAUCGUCCCGGUGGACAACAAGAGGUACCGCUAUGCCUACCACCGGUCCUCCUGGCUGGUGGCCGGCAAGGCUGAUCCUCCCCUGCCAGCCAGGCUCUAUGUGCAUCCAGACUCUCCCUUUACUGGGGAACAGCUCCUCAAACAGAUGGUGUCUUUUGAAAAGGUGAAGCUCACCAACAAUGAACUGGAUCAGCAUGGCCAUAUCAUUUUGAAUUCAAUGCAUAAGUACCAGCCGAGAGUGCACAUCAUAAAGAAGAAAGACCACACGGCCUCCCUGCUCAACCUGAAGUCAGAAGAAUUCCGAACCUUCAUCUUUCCAGAGACAGUUUUCACGGCAGUCACGGCCUACCAGAACCAGCUGAUAACCAAGCUGAAAAUAGACAGCAAUCCAUUUGCCAAAGGAUUCCGGGACUCGUCCAGACUCACAGACAUUGAAAGGGAGAGUGUGGAGAGCCUGAUCCAGAAGCACUCCUAUGCUCGGUCACCCAUCCGCACCUAUGGAGAAGAGGAUGUACUGGGAGAGGAGAGUCAGACAACUCCAAAUCGAGGAUCAGCCUUUACAACAUCUGACAAUUUGUCUCUCAGUUCCUGGGUAUCAUCGUCUUCCAGUUUUCCUGGAUUUCAGCAUCCACAGCCCCUGACUGCUCUUGGCACCAGCACAGCGUCCAUAGCAACACCCAUUCCUCACCCUAUCCAGGGCUCUCUGCCACCGUAUAGCCGCCUGGGAAUGCCUCUGACCCCAUCUGCGAUUGCCAGCUCCAUGCAGGGAAGUGGCCCCACGUUCCCUUCGUUCCACAUGCCUAGAUACCAUCACUACUUCCAGCAGGGGCCCUACGCUGCCAUCCAAGGACUACGCCACUCCUCCGCUGUGAUGACUCCGUUUGUAUGAUUCUUCGGAGAGUGGGGGAAGCCAGGUCCAGGAUGUGCAAAUGGGUAUGAAAAUAUAAGAGAGGGUUGGGUGGGUGGGAUGUGGGGUACUGGAACAGGGGCUCUCCACGGAACACAGGACUCGUUAACGAGGAGAGCCGGACUCACAGAAAAACCUACUUGUAAGGGAGUGCACCAUGGGCCAGGAUUCAUCUGUACUUGGAUCCAGGAGAGAAUCAGUGUGAAGUUUAGCCAGCCUACUCCUACAACUCAUAGGAUAUCAUUUUACCCAGAAAGCUUAAUAAUCGAAGGCAAAGGAAUCUGAAGGUGCAUUAUUCCCAAUGCUUAGAAGUUCUGUUGUUGUGGUACUGUAUAAAAUCCGAGUGUAUAGGUUUCUUUCUGCUUUUAACAGGUUCAAAGCAUCGUCCAGAAGGCAAUACUUUAUAGCAUAUCAACAUGACUAACUCAAGUCCAUUUCUCCCAAUAGAAAAUGGGAGCCAGUAGUGAAAUGUUUGUAGAGCUAUAGCUUACGCAUGUUUAGUUUUCUUUCUGUCGGUUCACCGGGGAAGGGGCAGAGUCGGUGCUAAUAUAUCCUGUGGGGUGAAUGAAUAUGUGGUAAUGCCUUUAUCAAGUUCCUGCCAUAUCCACAGGCCAUAAUGCCAUAAACUCUGUCUUCAGUCCUUUUUUUCUUCCCAAUAAUUUUUCCCAAGAAAAAUUGCAACAGUUUUUAGUUAUGCAAUGAAAACCCUCUGUAUGCUAUUUUAAAGCAAAAAGCUCUGUUACUAUCAGAGCUUGGCUUUUGUGGGGCUGCGUUCUCAACAGGCUGCUGGCAUAGCCAUUGACACCAAUCCAGAGCCGUGCAUGGAUGGGUUAGGCUCUCUUUGCCCAAUUAAAAUCUGGUGAUUCUCUUCUGAGGAGAAUUUCUCUGCCAUGCCAUGGGAGCCAAAGUCCCCUUAAUUUUCCCUCCAGUGUCAUCUGGAGCUCUUUUGCAUAUGAAAACACUUCGAGCCAAAUUCUGAUGUUUUUUUAUAUAGAUAUAUAAAUGUGGUUUAUUGAGGCUGCCAUCCUGGUCAGGGACUUGCCAGUUACCAAUUUCCAUGCGGCUCACCACGCUCUCCUGUAUGCUUAUGGGAUUGGAUGUGCCCUGUAUCUCCUGUCUCACUGUGUUACAUUUACAGACUUCUUUCCAUUUUCCUUGGUUCCUAAUAUAAGAUUGCACGCUGAUUCAGCGACUCCCUGACAGAAACACUAACAGUUUUUAUCGGCAAACUAGAGCUUCCUCCAGUUCUUGCUAUCUUUUUAAGCUUUUCCUCUCAGUAUAAACUGGAGAUUAUGUUCUACUCCUCUACAGCCAAUGUUAGUUCUGAGCACCAUAUACCUUAGCAUUUACAGCAAAUCCGAUAUUUUUGCAAUAGUACAUUUCCCUAAUAAUACAGAUUCCUUAACCUCAUUAGACUUUAAGCUUUGAAGACAGUGUGUCCCACCUAUAGGGUGUGACCAGUUUGCUCCACAUAGUUCCCCUGAACCUUAUUUUAGUUUCAGUUUUGUAUGUAGUUUUUACUCUGCUUUGUUCUUACUUUAAGCUUAUUGGAUAUGCCCAAAUUCAUGGGAAAUAAGACUAUUGAUGGUAGAAGUGGAUUUAGGCAUAAAUGCAAUAUCCUCACCACAUCACUCUGCAGCUUCACGUGGUAGUUUUAGUGUUAGGGUUUUUCCACGUGGAACGACUUCCUAGGCCAAGUUCAACCUAUGAAACAAGGCACCCCACACAGCCUAAGUGUGGGAUGCCAGCUCUAGAUUUUGCACUUGAUAUUCUCUACCAAAGUCUAUAGUUUACUUAUAAAGAAGCAUGAACUGUUAAGAAGACCUUUUUAAACUGCCAUGUCAGACCCUGCAGGUGAAGCUAUCUUCUUGUGUGUCUUGUAGUAGUAUCCACAGGGAGUUGGCUUCCAGAUGAAAUACCAAUGUGCAUUUCUUUAAAAACAAACCGUUGUGAGUGAUGUUUAAAAUAAAUGCCCACAGAGCUAGGGUAGGCGAUUGAUAUUUAAUAACUGGCCUGUUGCAAACCCGCCUUGGGAUGAAGUGCUGCUGUCUACAGCAGGAAAAACAAAGGGGCUGUUUUACAGGGUGGUCCUCACCUCUCCCCGGUGCAUGCUGAGAUUCUAAAGUGAGCCUGCACCUGCAUUUUCUUUUCCAUGAGAAUGAAAGCAUAGCUUUAAUUCUGUUCUUGUAGUUUUCCCAAUCCAUGUGCCUCACAGCAGGGUUGUGCCUUUUUUAUUUUAAUUGCUGUCAUAUAUGAUCUUUUGGCAGUAUUUCCUGACUUACUAAUUUUGCUUGCAGUUAGGGAAUAUGUGGACUGAGUGAAUCACAUGCUGCCCAGCAAAGCAGGCUCUCGAAAAAGUUCUCCCUAAAAUUCUUAACUGGGUGUCUGCUUUCCUUGUUGGUAUUACAUGAACCAGACAAGAAACCUCCCAAGAAAAAUGGGAUCAUGUGAGUGCCUGGCAGUCGAGACUGGGAGCCACUUGUGUUUUUCUGGUUUGCUCUGGUUAUCACUUCUUAUUAAUCCUUAGGGAGUUUACUAUUUAAAAUCACCAGGUCUGUUCCACCAAAAUUUAUGGCAAGAAUUAUAUAUUAACUGAUAAAUUCAAUUGAAUAAUUAUGACCAAGACUUGAAAAUACAUUUAGAAUAAAUUCAGGGCUUCCUCUUCAUGGACAUUACAUUAUUAACAAGCAUGGCCAAACACUGAGCUGCUGAAGAUGCCCGGCCAGGCUUGCUUCCUGAGCUCUAGUGGAGUUGCUCUUUACUCGGUGGGUUCUAACAUAUGUUCUGGUUUCAAAAUACACCUCAAUUAUUCUAAGUUGAGUUGUGUCCAGCCCUUAUUUAGUGAAUCAUCCCACCUGCUUCCUAUCCUUAGUAGGUUCUGUGGAAAUAUAUCCAGUUGGGUUUGACAUAGCAACAAUUGUUAGGUAGCAUGGUCUGUCUCAGUGGCUUUCUGCUCCACUGCUGGCCUUGUCAGCUUACACUGGCGGGGUCUUGUCUGGAAGGGCUAUCAGCCAUCACAGUUGAGUAGGUACAGAGAAGCCGCUCCAUAGAGAUUCAUCAGAUAGCCGAAACCUUGUGUAAGAGUUGCACCGACUUCUCGGGCAUUCUAAGAUCUUACAUCCUCAGCCACUUCUCCAGGUAAAACAGCAUCCUCCACAAAGUAAUAAAAGGAAAAGGAAUCCUUUACAAACUCAAGAAAUAUUCACAGUAGUGGAACCUCGUGGCUCACACUGCCUGUGAGCAUUUCAGGGAGAUGUUAGGAUAUUUAUCUUAUUUCUCUCUUUCAGACGGACCUUUAAAGCUAUAUUGCUUAUGUAGAGGCCAGUUAUAUUAAGAAAAAUCAUUUACAAGUGAAAUGGAGGGAGGGCAUCCCACCUCCUUGGAGAGGCAGGUAAACGCAGUGGUGGUGUAGCCACCGAUGAGCAGACUAACAUACCGCUUUAAAACGCAUGUUUUUAUCCAAUAUUCUACUGAGGAAGAAAAACUACUUCCAUUGUUAAUUGGGCAGGGAAUUGAUCUUCCUGACAAACAAAACAAUACUCACUCUAAUAUAGCAGUAGACAAAAGAUAAAACAUUUAGCUUGUUCCUGUAGAGAGUUACUGUGGGAAGGAUGGGUUUUAUAUACACUUUGUAUUGUUUGAGAAUGAAAGACAUUGCUGUAAAUAAGCAAAGGGAUGGUUACAAACUCAAAGCUUCAAGAAAGUGUAAAGACCCUUUCACCAUGGCUUACUGUUCUAUACCAGUUAAACAACUCCAAAAACAUUUAUCUUUUUUUCCGCAAGCUUAAAUAUAGGAAGGCUAAUUUAUAAGUGUUUGAUGGGUUCAUACUCCAUAAGCAUUUUCUAGUUUUCUUCAUCGGCCUCUCUCAUCCUCUCAUAUAAUCUCAACCUCUUACCCUUUUAAAGAAAGCAUCCUGUAAGGAAAAUAAUUUGCAGUGAGUGUGUGUGUAUGUGUGUGUGUGUGCACACUCAGGUGUGAGUGUCUGUAGUAGUGGAUCUGGACAAAAGAUACAAUUUGUUGUAUUUUACUUCACUUCUGGCACAAAGACAUCAUAUUUAGUUGCUUUUUAAAGAAAUUUCAGAGAUAUGGAAAGGUUCUUCAUGUGCUAACGUAUGCAGUUCUGCAACACCUGUUUAGUUGACUCUGUCACAGUCUCCUUGUUUGCUGUGUCUUCAUUUGCUUAAUGAAUUGCGUGGAAAAGUCACUGUGAUGCAGUGUGUGGGGUGGGGAAAGGGUGUGGGAAAUGUUUUAUGGGGGAAAAAUUAUAAGCCUAAUACUAUGAAGCAACACCUAACGAAGUUCUGUUUAAGUGCAAUAUAUUUAUUUCUGCCAGAAAUGUAUUAUCAACCCUAUGUAAUAUUUGAAGCAUAACAUGUUAUUUGUAAACAGCUAAAAUUAUAUAUUAUCCCAAAUUGUACAGAAA